CAAACCAUGAGAGACCUUUGCAGCCGUAUUCUUAAAACCUCAAUUUGGGCAUCCCAAAUAAACUGUCGUUUACUGAGCUCCAAGAGCCGCCGCAACUCCAUACCGGACUGGCCAUCAUCCUCUCACUACGACGAUCUAAUUAACGUCGCCGGUCGUGAGCGAGACUUCGCCACCGUCCGUCGCCUCCUCAACAAACGAAUGGUAGACGGAUUCUUCAACACCACAGACACUUUCAAAUUCAUCUUUAACGAUCUUUCAGUUCUCACCGAUCUAACCGAAUCCCUAUCUCAUCUCGACGCCGGACUAACGCGAAAACACUCCUUCGAUUCCCUGAUCCUAGCUCUGUCUCGCGUCCGCCGCACUGACGAGGCCCUCCUAGUUGCAGACGAGAUGCUGAAACGGCGGUACGGUGCGAAUGCGGUGACGUUCCAUCCUAUUCUGAACACGCUUGCGAAGAAAAAACAGCUGAAGGAAGCGUGGAGAGUGGUGGACUUGAUGAGAGAAAAUGAUAUCCAUAUGGAUAUCACCGGUUACAAUUACAUCCUGACUGCGUACUGCUGCGCAGGGGAUAUGAAAUCUGCAACGGAUUUGUUGGAGAGAAUGGAAGAGGAGGAGAAGCUGCAGGCGGAUUCACGUACUUACGACGCACUGGUGCUGGGGGCGUGUAAGGUAGGGAAGGUGGAAGGGGCUCUGAUGGUGAUGAGGCGAAUGGAAGAAGAUGGAGAGAAGGCGAUAUUGUUCUCCACGCAUGGGCAUGUCAUAUGGGGAAUGCUCAGGGUGGGCUGUUUUGAGCAGGCGAUUGAGUUUGUCAUGAGCUACGCUGGGAGGGACAAGGCUUUGGAUACCCAGAGUUUUGGGAGUCUUGCUAGCCGUUUGAUUGGCUUCAGAAAGUUUCAACAAGCUCGUUUAGUUUUGAUGGAGAUGGAAAAGAGGGAUUUGCCUAUGGGUGAUAAGCUAAGAGAGUUUUAUUAUUCCCAAGAAACAACAACUUCUUAGGCACUUGUGUGUUGUAGUAGUAAACAAGAUUUGUAUCAGACCCAUUUACUAAUUACAAAAAAAUAGGAUAGUAAUUAU